UUCGUUAUUUUAUCGCCCACUCCCACCCCCGACCUUGAGAUGAAAACUGGAAGCUUCUUUACCAAAUUAUUUGCAAGAACAACUAGUGUCAAUGAAGUAUUAAAACUGUAUUAAGGGAUACACUGCUUUACAUCGCUUAGUGUGCAGAGUGCAGGCAUCUGAAGUUUAAGUCUCAUCUGUGGCAAACAGCGCGUGUUCAGAACUAAGUACUUAUUCCAUCGAAUCACCUCGAUGUUGGCUACAUUGAUGACAUUAUCUGUGUUUGGGGUGGAUAAGUGUGCACCUGCAGCGACUAUCCUGCAGUCUCAACGUGUGUGUGGGUGAGAUUUUGCAGGAUGCAGACGACAGUGCUGGUGGUGGCGAUCGUGUUGUGCGUACUUUCUGCAGUGGGAUGGAACUCUGCUAAUGGAGCCUGGACCUCGCAGCCUGUCUACACCUCGUGCGCCCACGUCCUCCAGACGUUUCGAUCACGAGGGCAGAAUGUUACAGACGGCAGUUUCCUCAUCAAAGUGCCUAAUGUGGCCAUCAUUGAGAUCUACUGCGCCGGAUUUGCAAGUGGAAAUCCAAAAGAGUAUAUUACAUUAAUCAGUGGGAGAAGUAGUAAUUUUGCAGAAUACUACAGCUACAUUGGUGCUACAAGUAGUUGUGACAAGCACUACCCAGAGGAGAUUUUUGCUGAGUCAGGCCGCAGCGAGUUUUAUCGACUCCGCAUUCUUUUACCUCAGCUGACAGUUGACAUUAAUGAUUUCACUUUCACGGUUUCUUUUGGCGUAAAAAAUAUCAGUUAUGGUACAGCAGGAGACAUGUUUGCUUCACGAUACUCAUGCACACCUCUUGGCAAGUUCUCCAUCAACCUCGAAGGCACACCUUUUGCUGUAUCACCUGAUAUCCAAUGGACGUGGGAGGGCCAGUUUGUAGAUGGCUCCCAUCGUCCAAAUACACAGAUAAAAAACAGCUCCUACAUUGGAUGCUAUGAAGAUGCAACGGACAGACUCUUACCCUCAGGCUUUAUUGGUACUGCAGACAUGACUCCAGAUGUUUGUGUUCAACACUGUGCAUCAUUGGGCUUUGCAUAUGCUGGUCUUGAGUACAGGAGUGAAUGCUACUGUGGAGAUUCCAUCACAAAACAUCCAAUUGCACCAGAUACUGCCUGUACAAUGACUUGCGCAGGAGACUUGUCUCAAAUUUGUGGCGAUAAUUGGAAAUUGUCUACUUAUAAAACAGGAACAAAUCAGGUGUUGUCUGGCUAUUGUGGAGGUUACCCUGGACAUUGCUAUCCGGCCCUUCGUUCACAGCCCUCUAUCCCAUUUUUGAAUCUAAUUCUUUCACCUGACCAGCCCUGCAGGCACAAUCCAUGUUCACAGAGCAAAAUGUGCAUUGCAGUAUCAGCCACAUCAUUCACAUGCAUAAAUACUGCAAGUUGUAAUGGUACAUCUUGCUCUCAACAUGAAUUGAUAGUCCUCUCAAAUGUUUGCCCACCUGGAAUGUUGCCAAGGCAGUGUGCUUGUGCCAACAGCUGUACAGGAGCUCGAUUUGAUGAGAACAACAAGUUUGUCUGUUUGGUGCAGUCUGGAAAGCCACAAGUUACCUGUGUGGAUGGCGAUCCAGGUCAUUUACUAUUUUUUGAUGCGAAAGCAAAUGGCACUGUUCACUGUCGGAAUGGCACCACAAUUAGCGGCUGCCACUACUGGGACCCAAGCAACCACUUCACAGGCAAUGGGACUGGCACUAUGUCUAUUGCUUCUAACACUUGCUCAGUUACAGGGUGUCCUGCAUGUACUGUAUACGCCCGAUGUCAAGCCUAUUCCUGUGACUGUCAGAAUGGAGGCACAUGUAAUCCCAUGACAGGGGACUGCACUUGUCGGCCUGGUUACUAUGGUGACUUCUGCCAAGAGUUUGACUACUGCAGUUACUAUGAAGACCAUAAUGAUAAUCACCAGCCAGCAUGUACAAUAGGGAAAUGCCAGGCAAUCCCAUCUUUAGACAUCAGAGCAGUUGGUGGAGACCAGACAAGCAACACUUGCAUCUUCCCUUUUCAGUUGCCUCACAGUAACACUAUCUACACUCAGUGUGUUGAUGACAAUGGGGAUGGCCCUCCGUUUGCUUGUGGCACUUAUUUUGAUGGUGUUGAUGACCACAUUGAUUUAGGACGCUGGAAUCCUGGUCCUGUCUACACUGUGGCUGUCUGGGUCUCUCCAGCAGUAAAAGAUAACAAACGGAGAACUAUUAUUGGAGGAGUGGCUACAUGCCGUGACUUUGGCCUGUACAUGCAAGCUGGGUAUUUCAUGGCUUAUUACUUCCCUCCUGGAGCUAAUUGUACCUCUGGACUUCAGGCAGGUACUUAUGACAUGUCAAAAUGGUACCUCCUGGCAGUAACCAGCAAUGGCACACAUCUGACAGUCUAUGUAAAUAGUGUACAGCAGAAUCAGACACAGAUUAGGCCAUAUUAUCUGGCAAACAGUCUUGGAACUUGGAUAGGAGGCUCCUACUGCUGUAAAGGAGAGAAUUUUAAAGGCAUUGUUAAGUCAGUUAAAAUCUGGAAACGCUCUUUGACUGCUGAUGUCAUCGAAGCAAGCAUGAGUGCAGCUGCCAGCUACAAUUCCACACAAGAGGCACUGUUUAAUGGGCUGGUGGCUCAUUAUGAACUGGGUCAACUGGUCAACACCAGCUGUCAGGGAGUGAACCAUGGAGGAGAUGAUUGGUUGUUGAAUGAGGGAGAAGAAGUGACAGGAGUGCAUUGCAAUGUCAAUAAAUUCACUAUUCCUCAAGGCAUCACUGUCCAAGUAGCUCCUUUUGAUGGAACAGCUGGUGGUAGUUUCGAAGUGUAUGCUGAGGAGAUCCAGAUCCAGGGCUUUUUGACUGCAGCUGGUAAAGGGUACCCAGGGGGGCAACAAACUGGACAGGGAGGAGCAGAUGGGCAGCCAGGGCAAUCAUAUCAUUUACCUGCCUCAAAUGGCUCAGCAGCAAACUUAGGAUUACAAGUGAACCUGCCUCACAGAGGAGGGGGAGGUGGUGGCUUGGGUGGUGCCAAGAACUCAGGUGUUGGCCUUCCAGGUGGAGGAGGCGGGUAUGGAACGAUAGGGAGCUCAGUAGUUCAUAUGAGCGGAACUGGUCAAGGAGGCCUGGUGUAUGGCUCACAGAAUUUAGAACAUCUGUACAUGGGGUCUGGGGGUGGAAGUGGAGGCAAUGCUGCUGAUCUCUCCACCAAUCCAUGGGGUGGCAGGGGAGGCAGUGGAGGAGGAAUAAUAGGAUUGUAUGCAAGAGGGAAUGUUCGAGUCUCAGGACAUGUAUCUGUGGCAGGUGAAGAUGGCCAAGGGGAUUUCUCUUCAAGGUGUAGUAGCUGUCCUGCUGCCUGUCAGGUGCAUUUAGGAAACAGCUGUUCUGGCAGCUCCACAACUGCAUGCUGGGAUAACUCUGGACCUGGAGGUGGAGGGAGUGGGGGAUCUCUCUACAUUAUUGGCAAUACUGUAGAUGUUGGAAAAGAACAUCUUUGGCUACAAGGUGGGAAUGGAGGGAUAGGCGCAGGUGGAAGAUGUGGAGGGAAUGGAGGCUGGGGACGGAUGCGAGUGGACGCUGUGAUGUUUGUUGGUCAGUUGCCACUUCAGUCUUCCCUCCUGAAUCUUUUCAACAGCACAACACACUACCAGGACCUGAGUGUAUCUGGACAAAAGCUCAUACGAUAUUCCAGUGCACUGCAAUAUGGGAAUGAAAUCUACACAGGUUGUUUCCCUCAACGCUUUUUUUCAUUUGCCUUGGACAUCACUAAUGAUACUAGGAAACAGAUGACACCUCAGUUUUGUACACAACAGUGCAGGCAAAGAGGAUUUGCAUUUUCUGCAGUAUUACAUGGAUUUCAGUGUUUCUGUGACAAUGCUUUCAAUUCAUCUCUUCAGCGUAAUGACAGUGAGUGCAAUGAAAAGUGCACUGGUGACCCACAGCAAUUUUGUGGAGGUGUAUCUCGCAUGUCAGUGUAUGGGCCUAAGCCUUUCACCCCAGUAGAUGCAUCUAAUGGAGCACAGCAGCAGUGCCAGCCAUGGUGCCUUGCUGGUAACAUCUACUCAACCAAUCCUAAAUGGGGUUUCUGCGAUCUGUCCACCAUGUCUUCUGUCUCGUACCAAAUACGUUGCCAGUGUCCUGAUGGAUUUCAAGGGGCUAACUGUGACCAGCCAUGCCCCCCUAAUAUGUGGGGAACAAACUGUGGCAAGAGCUGCAUCUGUAAUUCUAACAACACAGAAUCCUGUGAUCCAGAGGAUGGCUCCUGCAAUUGUAAAAUAGGUUAUCAAGGUGCUACUUGUGACUUGUCUUGCUCACCUGGCAGUUUUGGAGUAGGGUGCAAAGGUCACUGUACAUGUUCUGAAACUGCUGAAUGUGACUUCAGAACAGGAGAGUGCAGCUGCAAGACAGGCUGGAGAGGAGAGAAUUGUAACUUCCCCUGCCCCAAGGGCACAUAUGGUCCAAACUGUUCUUUUCAUUGCCAGUGUGGACGGCAUGGAGCUUGCUCUCCUGAAGAUGGGACGUGUAAUUGUAUGGCAGGCUUUAAAUUACCAUUUUGUGCAGACCAGUGUGACCCUACGAACUAUGGACCCAACUGUCUACAUGACUGUGAAUGUAAUGACAGUCCUUGUGACCCUGUCAGUGGUGUCUGUUAUUGUAAUCCAGGAUUUACGGGCAUUCGCUGUGAGACAAUUUGUUCACAUGGCUUUUAUGGAAGUGGCUGUAGCAAUUCAUGUCAGUGUCUAAAUGGAGGUGCCUGUGACAAUAUAGAUGGAUCAUGCAGCUGUGCACGUGGAUUUGCUGGAAUGUUUUGUGAGAUGAACUGCACCUCAUUCAAGUAUGGUCGGGACUGUGCACAGACCUGUUCUUGCAUUCAGCAGAACACUGCUACAUGUGACCCCUUAACUGGGAAGUGUAUCUGUAAACCUGGCUACAUGGGUGAGAACUGUGACCAGGUGUGUCCCAUGGGCUACUAUGGACCAGGUUGUAACAACAGGUGUAACUGCAAAAACAAUGCUGACUGUGAUAAGAUGAGUGGUCAGUGCCAUUGUCCUGCAGGUUUUAUGGGCAAUCAAUGUGAGAAUCCUUGUCCAGAUGGAAUGUUUGGAUCAGGCUGUAAUCAGACAUGUGCCAGCUGCACCUCAGGUGUUUGCAGCAAGGUGGAUGGGAGUUGUAUCUGUGGGACCGGUACAACUUGCAGUUGUCCCCCUGGCUUCUUUGGUAGCAAGUGCCUGUCAGCAUGUGCUUGUGUGCAUGGCUCUUGCGACAGUGGAACAGGCCAGUGUGAAUGUGAUGCUGGCUGGCAAGGCUCCCAGUGUGAUACGCCAUGUGCUUCAGGUACCUAUGGCAAAAACUGCCUUAGACGGUGCCAGUGUAUGCAGGGCAACUGUAGCUUUGUGGAUGGUUCGUGUAGUUGCCCACCUGGCUUUACUGGAUCACAAUGUAACAAUCUUUGUGAGUUGGGUACGUUUGGCUGGAGAUGUACAGGCCAGUGUGAUCCAUGUGGCGAAGGCGCAGACCCUCGUUGCGAUCCUUUGACAGGGGGAUGUCUUUGUAAGCCAGGUUACACAGGAUUGUUCUGUGACAGACCUUGCCCACCAAACACUUAUGGGGAUAAGUGCCAGUCAUCCUGCAGCUGCAUCAAUGGUGCCUGUAAUAAUGUUGAUGGGUCAUGUGAAUGCUAUCCUAGCUACACUGGUGCAACAUGCAGUCAGCAAUGUGCACAAGGCACCUGGGGACCCAACUGUAAAAACAAUUGCUCUUGUCCUGGGCAUUCAUCUGGAUGUGAUCCUGUUACAGCAACCUGCUUUUGUGCUCCAGGCUUUACCUUAGAUUUCUGCAUGCACACCUGCAAGUCUGGAUAUUAUGGGCAAGAUUGUGACUAUGAAUGCAGCUGUGAUGAGGCUGCUGCUGACUGCAGUCCCAUUGACGGAACAUGUCAAUGUCGACCAGGCUUCACUGGGCCUGAUUGUCACAUCUGCCCUUUGAACACCUAUGGAGUGAACUGCUCAUCAACCUGUGACUGUUCUGACCAUGGUUUUUGUGACAACUUUGGCCAUUGCCUCUGUGAACCUGGUUACACUGGAGACAGAUGCCAGACAGCUUGUGAACAAGAUGUGAAGUGGGGCAAAGACUGUUCACAAACUUGUGACUGCUCAGGUCAGCAUUGUGACUUUCGUGAUGGCAUUUGCUGGUGUGAUCCUGGGUACAUGGGUCAAAGAUGUGAUCAAAGUUGUGAUGCGCAGCACUAUGGACGACAGUGUGCCCAGCUAUGUCUAUGCAAGAAUGGAGCAACAUGUGAUCCAGUGAAAGGACUUUGUAACUGUUCAGCAGGAUGGGAUGGCAUUUACUGUGACCAGCCAUGUGCCAUGGGAAAAUAUGGUCAAGGAUGUCAGUUCUCAUGUCCUUGUCCACUAGAAACAGCAUGCAAUGGGGUGUCUGGAGCAUGUUCUUGUCCAUCUGGAUUCAUGGGGCCCUUCUGCAACAUCAGCUGCCCAGAUGGAUUCUGGGAUGUGAACUGUAUGACAAGAUGUUCUUCUGUGUGUUCGGCUGGUUGUCUACGCGAUACUGGCACAUGCAAGUGCACACAGCAGUCAUGUCCACAAGGUUUCGUUUGUGGAUUGGAGGGUAUAUGUCUUUUUAGUGCAUCUCGGCAAAUGGAAAAUUCUUCAGGGAGUCUAAGUGGCGGCCAGGUAGCUGGCAUUGUCAUUGGUUUCAUCCUGGGCCUUUUGGUGGUUGGGAUGUCAGUGUAUUUUUUCAUUCGCAGACCACAGAUUGUUGUUAUGAGCAGAAUGUUUUCUCUUUUCAGGGUCAGCCAGACUGCUCAGACAGACGGAAGAACCAUUGUUGGCACUGAUAAUCCUAUGUAUUCACCAGAAUAACUUAAGAAGCUAUGAGGGAUCACUGAAAAUUCUGUGUCUUAACUGCAGUCACCAUCAGACUUAAAACACACCACUCAGGUGACUGGACUCAGUUGUCAAUGACAGUUGUUUGGGAUAUACACUGAUACUGAAGCCAACAGUUACAAACACUACUUUACUUUUGUAAAAGCUGAUGUGGGAGUCAGUAUUAAGGCUGACAGGUAUUUUUUCUGGAAACAAGCUGACAUCCUGACCUGAUAUGUUAUUUGUUCCAAGGUGUUUAAGUGGAGCAGCCAACAGCGUAACUCUACUCUUCUGAGUUCUAUGAAUUGCAAUGUAGAAACCUUCUUUUGUAUGUUUGACAGCUUUUUUUUCCAAAUAUGCAACAGACAUUCAUUUAAAAUUGAUAACAUGUAUUACCUCAACUCAAAUCUUUAUUUUGUUCAAAAUUCUUUUCGUGAUGCAUGUAUUACUGUCUAAUAAAGCAUUAUUAUUUUAUACAAACAUUUUUUUUCUUUUUUCCGCAGUCAGAAAUAAAUGUGACCAAAA